AUGACCAAAGUCGCGCUCUUGGGAGCAACCGGCCAAAUUGGCCAAGCGAUCUUGCGUGCCCUGGCUUCUGCGAAGUCACAUGAAAUAGUUCAGCUGGUCCAUCCGCAUUCAGUAGAGAAGGCCAAAGCAGUGGUGAAAGAGCUCGAGGCAGGAGAUAGGGUCACCACUGUGACUGUCGAUGUGUGCGAAUGCAGUGUGGACGAACUACAGCCUGUUCUCUCCGGGGUAGAGGUGAUCGUAUCCGCUUUGAACGGAAAGGCCCUCGAGGCUCAGGAGAAGGUGCAAGAUGCCGGAGCCAGAGCGGGUGUCCGCAAAAUCUAUCCUAGUGAAUAUGGAAUACACCAUAUUUAUCAUUCGCUCGACGGAUAUGGGUAUGUUCAUCCGGUCUGGAAUAUCAAAACAAUUGCCAACGAGAAAGUCCUCCAACACCCGGCAGUGGCAUCUGGUAAAAUGAAAUGGACCCUGAUUGGUUGUGGAGACAUUUACAACCAGGAUAGAGAGCCAGUCUGGUGUUCAUGGACUCAGACGGACGUUUCAAAUUACGAAUUCCACAUCCUGGGUGAUCCGGACGCCAAGAUCGAUUUUACAAAUAUCGGCGAUCUUGCUGCAUUCAUCCUGAAGACUAUCGAGCAUCCAGAGCUUUCCGAAAAUAAGGAAUUGAACUUCACCAGUGACCACAUAAGCUACAAUGAGAUCGCUCAGCUCUUGGAAAAAAUACUCGCAGAAAAAGGUGGAGAUGCGUAUUUACCCGAUGGAGGUGAUGGAUCGGGUUUUGAAAGAUAA